AUGUCCACAAACAUAACAUGGCACGAAGGUACGAUUUCGAGAGCCGAGCGUCAAAAACUCUUGGGUCAAAAAGGUCUUACGUUAUGGUUCACGGGACUCUCGGCAUCCGGCAAAUCCACACUUGCCAGUGCGCUAGAACAACAUCUUUUGCACCAUAGAGUGGCGAGUUAUCGACUUGACGGGGAUAAUAUACGAUUUGGGUUGAAUAAAAAUUUGGGGUUUAGUCCACAAGACCGAUUUGAGAAUAUUCGACGUAUUGCGGAGGUCGCGAAAUUAUUUGCCGAUGCGACAUUUAUCACUCUUGUCUCGUUCAUCUCGCCAUACAGAGAAGAUCGCGAUGCCGCGAGAAAAUUGCACGAGGAAAAUGGAAUUCCAUUUGUUGAGAUAUUCGUUGAUGCACCAUUAGAAAUAUUAGAACAACGUGAUCCGAAAGGACUCUAUAAAAAAGCCAAAGCUGGAGAGAUUAAAGAAUUCACUGGAAUCUCCGCACCCUACGAAGCACCAACCUCGCCAGAACUUCACAUUCGCACCGACAAUUUGUCCAUUGAAGACGGAGUGAAAUUGAUCGUUGAUUAUUUGGUUGAACGUGGACAUUGCAGUUUUGAGACGACAAACACGACCUCGUCCAAUCAUGUCGAGUCUCGGGCUUUUACGAAUAAGAUAGGAGAUAUAGUAAAUUAA